AUGGCCGAAGUCGGCGAGGACAGCGGGGCCCGCGCCCUGCUGGCGCUGCGCUCGGCGCCCUAGCCCGUGCUGUGCGCCGCCGCCGCCGCCGCCGCCGCCUUCCCCGCCGCCGCGGCCCCCGCGGCCCCCGCGCCCGGGCCCGCCGCCCCGUCGCCGCCGCCGCCCGCCCAGCCCCCGCCGCCGCCGCCGCCGCCGCCGCCGCCGCCGCCGCCGGGCGCGAUCGCGGGGGGCGCGGGGGCCGCGGGGGGCGCGGGGCGCGGGCGGCGCGGGGCCGCGAUCGCGGGCGGCGCGGGCGGCGCGACGGGCCCGGGCGCGGGGGCCGCGUCGGGCGAGGCCCUGGUGGCCGCGGCGGCCGCCUCGGUGCGCAGGAGCCCCGGGCCCGCGCUGGCGCGCCUCGAGGGCCGCGAGUUCGAGUUCCUCAUGCGGCAGCCCAGCGUCACCAUCGGCCGCAACUCGUCGCAGGGCUCCGUGGACCUGAGCAUGGGCCUGUCGAGCUUCAUCUCGCGGCGCCACCUGCAGCUCAGCUUCCAGGAGCCGCACUUCUACCUGCGCUGCCUCGGCAAGAACGGCGUCUUCGUGGACGGGGCCUUCCAGCGGCGCGGCGCGCCCGCCCUGCAGCUGCCCAAACAGUGCACCCUUCGGUUCCCUAGCACGGCCAUCAAGAUCCAGUUCACGUCGCUGUACCGUCAGGAGGAGGCCCCGGCGUCUCCCCUCCGGCCCCUCUACCCGCAGAUCUCCCCUCUGAAGAUUCACAUUCCGGAGCCGGAUCUCCGCAGCCUGGUCAGCCCCGUCCCUUCCCCGACCGGCACCAUCAGCGUUCCCAACUCCUGCCCGGCCAGUCCACGCGGAGCGGGGUCCUCCGGCUACCGCUUUGUUCAGAACGUGACCUCAGACCUGCAGCUGGCCGCAGAGUUUGCCGCGAAGGCCGCCUCAGAGCAGCAGGCGGACGCGUCCGGAGGGGACAGCCCUAAGGACGAGUCGAAGCCGCCGUACUCCUACGCUCAGCUGAUCGUGCAGGCCAUCUCGUCCGCGCAGGACAGGCAGCUAACACUAAGCGGCAUCUACGCCCACAUCACCAAGCAUUACCCUUACUACCGGACGGCUGACAAAGGCUGGCAGAAUUCAAUCCGACACAACCUCUCUUUGAACCGCUACUUUAUUAAAGUCCCUCGUUCCCAGGAGGAGCCUGGGAAGGGGUCUUUCUGGCGGAUAGACCCCGCCUCAGAAGCGAAGCUCGUGGAACAGGCAUUCCGGAAACGGAGGCAGAGGGGCGUCUCCUGCUUCCGCACCCCCUUCGGGCCGCUGUCGUCCAGGAGUGCUCCAGCCUCGCCCACCCACCCUGGGCUGAUGUCCCCUCGCUCUAGCGGCCUGCAGACCCCAGAGUGCCUGUCUCGAGAGGGCUCGCCCGUUCCGCACGACCCUGACUUCGGGUCAAAGUUAGCUUCUGUUCCAGAGUAUCGGUAUUCCCAAAGCGCACCCGGUUCUCCCGUCAGCGCCCAGCCGGUGAUCAUGACCGUGCCUCCCCGACCGCCCAGCCUGGUUGCCAAGCCCGUCGCCUACAUGCCCGCGUCCAUAGUGACGGCGCAGCAGCCCUCCGGCCACGCCAUCCACGUCGUGCAGCAGGCUCCCCCUGUCACCAUGCUCAGGGUGGUCACCACGUCCGCCAGCUCCGCCAACGGGUACAUCCUCGCCAGCCAGGCCUCGGCGGGAGCCGCCCACGAAGCGGCGGGCACAGCCGUGCUGGACCUGGGAAGCGAGACAAGAGGCCUGGAGGAGAAGCCCACCAUCGCCUUCGCCACCAUCCCCGCCGCUAGCCGCGUCAUCCAGACGGUAGCCAGUCAGAUGGCCCCGGGGGUCCCCGGCCACACGGUCACCAUCCUGCAGCCAGCCACUCCGGUGACCAUCGGGCAGCACCACCUACCGGUCCGCGCCGUCACUCAGAACGGGAAGCACGCGGUCCCCACCAACAGUUUAGCCGGCAGCACUUACGCCCUCACCAGCCCCCUACAACUCCUGGCGGCCCAGGCGAGCUCAUCCACGCCGGUGGUGGUCACGCGGGUGUGCGAGGUGGGGCCCGAGGAGCCGGCGGCGGCCGCGGCCACCACCGCCACCGCCCCGGCCACCGCUGCCUCCGCCGCCUCUUCCACCGGGGAGCCCGAGGUCAAAAGGUCGCGCGUAGAGGAGCCCAGUGGGACUGUGACCGCGCAGGCCGGGGUGAUCACGGCCGCCGGCCCGCAGGGACCCGGAACCGGGGAGUGAAGACGCCUGCCUACGGGCCGAGUGGGACGCUCGCCAUAUGGGAUUCUGGAGCCGGGCCCUGACCGCCGACCCCCUGCCGCUUGCGGACCGCGACAAGAAGGCUCCACGGUGACCUGCGCACGUGCCAAACGGACAGGACGGUCUCGGCCUCCACCCGCACCUGGACGCACUCGUCCUCCCUGUUCUGUCUCCUGCCCCUGCUGUGGUUUAAAACAAAACACAUAAACAAGUUCAGACCGCUGAUUGUAUGAUUCGGGAAUUGUUUGUUUUUAUUUCCUUCUCUCCUGCACCGUCUUCUCUCCUGGGCCCGUGGCCGAGGGCGUGGGGGACGAGGCUGCGGCCCGGCGCCUGGAGGAACGGAUCACGGGCAGACUUAGCCGCGAGCAGAGGCGAGGCUGCCGGAGCACCCGUGGCCCCCGGAGGCCCAGACGGAGGCCGUCGUGCGAGGGAGGGGACGGCAGCGGCACGGGUCCUCUCUGCGGCGGAUUGGGAGAGCGCAGGAGAAGGGCAGGCGCUGCCAGAGCCCGGAGCGUCCCGUGGGGUUUUCUCCUUAAAGUAGCGACACAGAAAGCAUUGGCAUUAAUCUGGGGUGCGGGGCUCAGGCUUGGCUUUCUUAUUUUGUUGAAACGGUGGGAUUCAGGCUUCAUCUCAAAUCUGAGAUAAACACGAAAGGAAGCAGGUGUCUGUGAGGUCUGCGUCUGUGGACAGCGUGACGGCCGUAGGCCUGGGCUUCUUACUGGCAUUAAUCCUGUGACGAGUCAGUCCUGCCGCUCUGUCUGCUAACUUCAAGAAAGAUCGACGGCCUCCCAGACUGGCGUUCGGGGCGGAAAGCUGUGUGGGCGGGGGCGGCCGAGGGUCCUCGUCCAGAGGCCCCGAAACCGGGAAUCGGCGAGCCCUGUGUCCCCCGCGGGCCUGAGGCCCCGGUGCCUGGAGGCCGUGGGACGCACAGCGCUGGCGGGCGCCUCUCGGAUACCGUCAGCAAGUGGCGGUCGCUUUACCACUCGACACGUACCUCCUGCUGUAAGUCAGGCCGUGUCCUGUGCCCGCAGCGCCGGGGCCACACCGCCCCUGUGCUCGGCUCUUGCUGCCUCCAUCGGUCUUGCCUGCGACCUGGCCGCGUGACCAGCGAGUGACGCCAGGCUCCCCGGGACCGAGGCCCUGCGCUCACAGACGCCCCGUGCCUCCUGGAGCCGUCACCACAGCCGGAGGUGAGGCCGCCGCACUCCUGGUUUAUAGCCCAGUUUCGGGUCCACGUUCUAGCUCUUCAGCUCCUCUCGGAGAACAUUCUCAGGAAACGUCAAGUGGUCUGUGAAAAGCGACUCUAAACUUGGCCGGCCGCCCCAGCACUGGUUUUUCUGACGGUGGACACCGGGCCCUGCACAGAAGUCCAGCAGGAACAGUUUUUCUUCCUGGAAGUCGCCUGUCCUCAGCAUCGGUCUCCAACCAGCAAAGCUGCCUCCCCAGGCCCCUGCCCCAGCGGCAGCGACAGGGAGCGAGCUCGGCCCCUAAAGCCCCCGAGAGACGGAGCGGGCCUGGUGGGCCGGGUCAGGCGCCAGCUCGGAGCGAAGGAGAAACCACAGAACAGUCUCGAGGCCGUUCAGGCAAGACGGGCUUAUGUGCCAAGCGUGGCCGGGCCGUGGCCGGGGCGGGCGGACGGGCUCUGUCUCACUGCCGUGGUCGUCAGUCGCCGAGGACAAAUACAGAGUGUCCUCCCAUCCGGCCUGUGACACCUGGUCCGACAUUCUUCAAGCCCCAAACCGCUCGUGUCUGUGGCACCAACUUCAACUGGGAGAGAAGCUCUUCUGUGAAGUCCCCACCCACUGCCUCCGGUGACACUGGGGUGGAAGUGGCCGGGCGUGCCGUCCUCGGGGAUGGGAAACCGCACUCUGUUCCGCGUUGGCGAUUUCUGUUUCAUAAACUCUGUCCUUUGCCGCAGCGUCUGGUGUGUGCGUGAGAGGGCAGGUGGGGUGGUGGGCGUUGCACAGGCAGUCUGCCCCUUGCGAGGGCCUCACCUGGGAGGAUCCGAACCCAGGGUCUGCCUUCAGGUCGGCUGUCAGGAGGUCCUGCCGAGGGGACUGUAUCUGCUCACCGGCCGGCAGGACGGCCCCAGGUUUGCCCCCGUGGGAACGCUGGGCCGGCAGCCUGCACGGGACACGCAGGACAGCGUGGGCGUGGAAGAGCCUCGGGCCUUCGCCGGGUCUGGUGAGUCUGGCACCGACCUUUUGCUUGCCCGGCUUUGGAGACGCUUUGGUUUCCGUUCAUUUUUGGUGAUGACCCACCCCAUGUUCGGGCAGUGGUUCCAGGAGAGGGCAGACGAGAGAGGGCAGGGUGUCCGUCGGUGGGUUCUGCCUCGUGGGGAGCUCACGGGACUGAGAAGGGCAGGGCUAGGCCUUGGGGGAGCUGCCCGUCCGGGCUCACAGACGGUGGGCGUCUGGGUGGGUUCACGGUCCUCUGACCCAAGAGCGGGCCUGCUGCUGCCCACCCUUGGCCUGGGACUGGUGGCCGGAAGGCUGAGGGCAGCCUGCACCUGGGGACCAGGUGCACCUUAGAGCGAAAAGGUCGUUCCGUGCCCCCAGAGCCGACCGAGUGAUGGUCUCCCCCCCACGCUGGAAGCAAGAGUGCCAGGCUAUAAAUGACCAAGGAACCGCGGCCCUCAGAAUCUUGGCCACGUGUGACCCACCACAGGUGUGGGUUGUAGAGGGUGGGCCAGCCCCCACCAGUGGGGGAGAAGCGGAAACAGCUCGAUCCCGGCACCAUCCUGUUGUCAGUGUGGUCUCAGGGGUCUCAGAACCUUCUCUUUGGUCACCCGGGGGCCCAGGUGCGUGUGAAGGGGGCGGCCAGGCAGGUGUGCGGGCUUUGGGAAGGGCCCGCCUCCCCUGCGUCGUGACACAGGGCACUCGGGCCCUCUCCCGCUGGUACCCGGCUUCCCUUCUGUCUGCUGCUUGACCUGUCGCCCCGUCGACGGCACCAGAUGCAGGAAAACACCCUCUCUGCACAGGAAGGAAGUCACAGAAGUAACUAUUCAGUAGCCGAGCGUUUCCCACCUGGACGGUCUGGUGGGCAAUGGAAGGAAAAGGCCUGUACCCAGAGCUCCCGGGCCACGUCACAGGGCCCAGUGAGUGCCACGGUGCGGGGCACAGAAGGCCACAGAGGCACGGCCCCUGCCACCGUAGGGCGGACCUCACGAGCGGUCCGCGUCUUUCUUGCCGCGGACGCUGUCCUGAGUGGUGCGAGGACAGGCUGAGGCAGAGCGUCAGGGGCUCCGGCAGAUGUCCUUUUCCACCUUCUCUGUAAAGUCGUAAAGGUAACGGGGCUCACAUCCCCCGGUGAGGUUAGACACCUGCCACAACCGCCCCCACCCCUGACCUGGGACACAGCCCUCUGGGCCUCGGCCCAUGCCCUGGGGACCGCAGGACCGAUGCCGGGUGCACUGAGCCCCGCACUGGGGGGGGAACAGGUCCGCGUGCUUACAGCCGCUCCCGUCAACUCCCCGCUCUCGGUCUGGUGGGUUCAUGUUCGAGGUUUGCGGUCUUCCCUCUGUUCUCUGUUUAACAGCCAGGCCAGAUUGCGAAGGUGACGAGGGAUUUCUGAGUCACUAAAAUGACUAUUCUGCGAUUCUCGAGCUGGCGGGGUGGGGGUGCCGCCACGGCUGGGGGGCGGGGGCCCCGCCGCGCCCCGAUGGGUUCGGCAGGGACCUCCUGGUCCCUUUCCUGCUCCUCGCCGGGGCUGGCGGAAGACCCGUUUGGGGCCGUGGGCAUGAUUCAAUCAGUGCUCUCCUUUCCUCUGAGACUGGGUCUCCGUGGAGCAUAUCCAGAGGGAGCGCACGAGGUCGCUGCAUUCAGAGUUCGGGAGAAGAAGGCGGCCUUUGGCCUUGGGGUCGGUUUCUUGAUAGAGACAAAAACAGGCCUCAUUUGAAAAAAGAUGCUUAGUUGAACGUGUGGUUGAACGUGAGAAAGCGUCAGGGAAGAAACCAUGUUCCCCGAGCUCUUGGAGCCCAGAAGUGAGUCCCGUGGGUGUGCGUUUCUCCAAACGCCUCACAUUCCGCUUUGCCCUCGAGUGACUGCGUGCGGGACGCAGGGCCUUCUCGGGGUCACAGCGCCGCCCCCCCGCGCCCCUGAGAGGCGGUAGCUCCCCCAGAAAAGGGGUCAGGGCAGCUGUGCGCGCAGAUGCUGAGGGGAUCGUGAGCUGCUUAUUUUAGGCACCGCGACUCUCUGCGGGUCCCAAGAGGCAGAGCUGCUAAGAGGAAGCCCGGCCACGUGGCCGCCAGUCCCCACCAGGCCCCCCGACCCACAGCCCCCACCGGGCCCCCCGACCCACAGCCCCACUGCUAGCUUGGCUUAAAGCAAAGAACGUCUCCUCCCAGCCCCCCUGCAAGCCGCCUUUGUGAUACCUCAGCCUCGAAGCAAUAUUUACUGAGAAGAAUGUAAGUGUGUCCGCGUGCCCGUGUGGGGCCGCCCUCCAGACGGGCCUCCACAGGGGUGGCCGCGCCCGCAGUCUCUCGCAGGGUGUCUGUCCCUCGUUUUCAGCUUGUUUUCCAGUUUCAUUCGGUCCUUUCCUUCUAGGCAUUCUGUCCCGAGGCCUCGCCGCCCGCGUUAGGUUUUAAAUGCUCAGGACCUGGCCGGGUGGGUCCUCGGCAGCCCCCAGGAGCUGGCCGAGGUCUCCACUGUUGUCCCUGGUGCCGGCUCCAGGACGGGACUUUGUGACGCAGCCACAGGCGCGUUCUCCAAACUGAAAUAACACAGGCCCGCUUGCCCGGCUGCGUUUAAGGAAAAUCGUUUUCCUCCUGCAUUGAGCGAGGCCACCGCCUGUCCCGCAGAGUCCUCAGGGGCCCCAGGCCGUGUGGGGCCGUCUCUGCCAAGGCGCUCGGCAACCCCGGCUCGGCCCUGCGGCCACUUGGAGGUUCGCUCCACGACCUGCCUCUCCACCGUGUCCUAGGAGGUCCUCGCAGAGGCCCCAGGGCCCCAGGAAGAAAAUAGGGGUGCUGCCUGCGCCCGCUCCCCCCAGGAGGGGGGACACAGGACAGCUAAACGGAGGUUGGACGUCCGCAGGAUCACUUCUGCGAGCCUGACGGACCCCACGGUGCCUCCGCCACGUAAGGGCGAGUGUCCGUGCCGGCUGCUUGCGGGAGGCCCGGCUCCCGUCUAGAAAACGACCCCUGCCUCCACCCCCAGGCAGGCCUGGUCCCCGGGAUGCUGGAGCGCAGCCAACUAGUGGUUGGAGGCCCUCCUGCCGGUCGCUCCCAAUCGGGGCUUCCUCUGAAGCUUUGCCCGUCGCCCGGGGCUGAGGCUGCACUGCAUUGCUACACAGGACUGGGAGGAAAUUCUUUGCAUUAGUGAGGCUUGGGGACCCCGUCUCUUUCAGUUCUCCUAACCGCUGGUUUUGGCCGUGAGGAUUCAGCAAAGAGCGAACGGAGCAGUGACUUCAUUUCUGGGCAUGUCUGUCCCCCUUCCUGGCACCUGCUGGCAUCUGGGUGCACUGGGGAACGUGAGGGGCAGGCCCCGGGGGCCGGCGGGAGGCGGAGCUGCGUCCGCCACUCCCUCCGCACGUUCUGGUCUCGUCCCAGGCGGGCCGGCGAGUCUCCAGGCGGCUCUCUCCUCUUUGCUCCAACCCAGGUAUUUUAGGACUCAGAUGAUAAUUGGAAGAAUUCUGGCUUAUUCUCUUCGGGAAUCUCUUCUGGAAUAGUUUGCUCAUUUGAUUCAUCUAAAUAUUUAUUGGUGGUUUACUCCACGUCAGAAACAGUAGAAAGUGCUGGGGAGGCCAGGCCCGGGAGGGAUGUGGCCGUGUAGACAGGCCACGUGCCCUGGGUUGCUGUUACAUCGUCUGGCACGUUGCACAAUGUUUUCCUUAGCUGCAGUGGCAGGGCUGUUCCUCUGAGCUGUCUCCCAGAGUCCUGAGGCGCCCAGUGACCUGUCGCCCUGAGCCAGCUGGCCGCACUGCAAAAGGGCCUUGACUCGGGUGGGUUUUCCCCGCACAAAGUUAACCGGCGUGAAGGAUGUCAACCUGUGCCUGCUGCCUCUUAAGCUCAUAACGUCUAAGUUUCUGUGUUAACUGACCCAGAUUCCUCCUCCUCUCCUUUUUUAAUCCACAAAUACGGGAGUUAAAAUCAAGCAUUUUAAAUUUGGCCCUUCUCUGCUUCCCUCCCAGCUCCCUGCCCGGAAGGCUUUCUGGAUACCCGGAUACUUAAUUUACGCGGCUCAGUCUGUAUUUCAGGAUGGGGUGAAGGAGGAAUAAGACAAAGGUGGGACCCAGACUCUCGCCCGGAUCAGCCCCGCAAACCCCGUGCCCGCAGCACGGCCCGCAUGAUGAGGGAUUAAACCAGUACAGAGGCUUGUUACCUUCCCUGUAAAGUGACUGGGGGGGGGGGGGGGGCGGGUGUUGGGGGUGAGUGCACGCGUGAGCGUGUUUGUACAGUGGCUGUCUGAAGUAUCUUUUCACCGUAUGUUUCAUCAUCAGUGCUUGAAAAGCGGUGGUUGCCCACGCAGUGGAGACUUGGGUUCUGGCACGCUGGACGGGAAAGUGGCUUGUGCUGCAGGGUUCGGCUCCCUGGGCCCGCGGCGGGCGUCCGUCUGCGGGAAGCCCUCCCGGGAGGGACCCAGAUGCCCCGGCAGGUGGCAGGUGGCAGACGGCCCGCGGUCCCGUCCGCUCCCGUCCUCGGAAAGACGAGAGGCCCACCCACCUCGCUGGGCCUGCCUGCGUUUUCGUUUCAAAUGGGAUACAGUAUUUUUUUAAUAAGGAGCCAUACUUUUUUUUUAAAAGUUUGAGAUCUGAAUGUGAUUUCUAAUUGUAUCAGACGUUAAUGUUUUAAAGCUAUAACAAAGUUGCAAAUUUCUACUUUUUGUUUUCCAUUUAUUUUAACUGUCCUUUUAUCUAUUAAAUUGUUGUAUGUGGAUGGGGAAGUUCUGUUUCUCCCCUUAGCAUUUGUUUCUAUAACCAGAAAUAAAAUUAUAUAUUACAGAAGUGA